CCCCUCCGACAAUUUGUGAUUAAACAAUUCAAAAUGGCGAGCUUAAUUUGUUGCCGACGUUUGCAUACAGUGAAGCCGCAUGUUCCUUUGAUUCUCUUUCCAAAACGUUUUCCUCGUGAAAGUUCUGUGGUAACGGAAACGCCCAAAAUCACUCCAGUAGUAUCAGAUGGGACUGAAAGAACGUCAAAUGCGACGAACAAAAAUUAUUUCCCUGAUUCAGCAAUACCGGCAAAAUACCUAAGAACAAUUAUUACACCGGAAGAAAUUUCCUUUAUAGAGAGAGGUGGACCUGACUGAGAUAUAAAACAGAUAAUCGUGUAGGAAAUAUCGCAAUUUUAUAAUGUAAUUGUAUUUAAUAUUUAUAAUGCGAAACUUGUAAUAUAAGUUAACAGUCCUUAUAAUUUUUAUACAAGUCAGUGACCAUUGAAGAGUACAAUCCCCGCUCGGUUUAAAGAGACCCUUGCCAAAAUGCAAGAUGGCGGACGAUAAUUAGUAAUUUGAUAGCAUCAUUAUUACAUUAUAGCAAACGUUUAUAGUUUCUUUACGGAGCUGUGUUGGCUGUGUUUAAGUUUUCUAACGAAUUUUAUGUAAACGAAAGGCAUUUAGCAUUACAUAAUGCUGGAAAUUGAAGUGCGUUUGCUUCGCAGAUCCGUUUAUUUUGCCGGCGAAACGAUACGAUGUGAAAUAACGUUCACGAACACAGCUAAACGUAUUGCUAGUAAUUCAGCAGAUUCACGUUCAAAUCACAUUAAAAAUUUACAUUCUUUACGCAAAAAGGUAAUUGGAAUUGAAACAUUAGCCUGGGCAAGCGCACAAAUACAUUGCCAAUGUACUGUGAAUGAUUCACGAUUGAAAAUAUCAGACGGAGACAAAGAGAGUAACGUCUAUAGCAGGAACGCAGCAAUUUAUGACGAAGGAGCAACAUCUUUUAUGCCUUCAAAAGGUGAACGUGGGCGAUGCCUUCUAUCAACGAAGCCGAAGAUUUUAUUUUGUGAUUUGACAUUGGCAGCAGGCGAGACCAAGUCAUAUUUAUAUGAAGAUAUGAUGCCAUAUGAUUCUCCUCCAUCGUACAAGGGUUUGGCCGUAAAAUAUUGCUACAAAUUAACUGUUGGAGCCAGUCGGUUACACUCUUCUACAAAGUUGGUUCGCUUACCUAUUCGAUUGUUUGUCUUAGAAGGACUGGAAGAUUUAGAUCAUUUCACAUCUAUAAACGAGGACCCACCUAAUCCUUUUUUAAUCGAUGGCAUUAAGAAACAAUCGUUGUUAGAUGUUGCCUUGACAAAGCUGACUUCCAUGGCUUGCAGGAAAAGUCAAUACUUAUACAAUGUUGUCAACAAAGAUGGUCUUGUUGGGUGUUUUAUUUUAUUCAAAUCAGCAUACAAAAUAGGCGAUGAAAUCUUAGGAAUUUUUGAUUUUAGAGAAAGUAAAGUUAAGUGUACAAAGUUUAUAGUAACCUUACAGAGUGAGGAACAUGUUAAUGAGGAGUACAAGAAACCUUCUUCAAACCACUUACAUAGUCAUACAUCAUACUCCAUGCAGCAAGAUUUCUGUCUUUAUUCAAAGAAAAUACAAGUGCAACUGCCGAUACCUGUUACAGCUACUCCACAAUUUAAAUCAGAUAUGGUUGAUGUCCGAUGGAGACUUCAUUUCGAGUUCUACCUUUCCACUUCCAUUUGCCAGUUAGAAAAUGUGGAGAAUAAUGUGGCAGAAGCCUGUGUUGUUGCUCCUCCUUUAAUAGACAUUGAACCAAUGACAUGGGAUCUCCCCAUCACCAUUAUACCCUGCAAUCCUGUACACGCUUCUGCUUUAUCACUAUCAAGAACUACAUCAUCAAUUAUCUUUUGAUUGGCAUUUUAUAUUAGUUGGUUUGGUAGCAUCUGGAAAUGACCUUUUUUCUGCUUUUCCUUAAUAUUGAGCAAACGAGGGAUGAGCUAGGAACAUUACAAGUUAUAUUUUUGUAAUUUUGUACAGUAGCUUCAAAUUUAAUCAUAUUUACCAUUUAGGAUUUAAAUGGUAAUUCGUCAAAGUA